AUGAUUCCUUCUACAUCGCUAGCUUACCUAGCCUUGUCCUAUCUGGCACUGUCCUCUCCAGGUGUUCAGGCAAUCUGGCCAUUCAAGGAGAAGCGAUUCAGAGACGAAGCGUUCAUUGAUGCUGGGUCAUUGGGAUUGGAAGAUGUAAGAGGGAGGGUCAUAGCUGCAGGGGAUUGGGAUGGUGAUCAGAAAUUGGACUUGUUCACGCUGAGCCAGGAUGGAAAGACUAUUACAGUACAACUAUGGGAUAAAGACAAAUUCACUUAUAUCCCCUCACAUACCCUCACCCUCUCUUCGACGAUAUCUAACAUAGUUCCAGGGGAUUACGACCAUGAUGGGCACCUGGACUUACUGGUGAUGUACGUACAAGAAGAUGAUGGGCAUUGGUGGGAGAACAAGCAGGACAAAUUGGGUAUGGAAGUAUUUCUAGGUGGUGGUGAACAUGGUGGAUUUCAGAAAACACCUUGGAAACUUGAUUAUUCCAUACCCGCCCAACCUAUAAUAUUCGAUGCGGACAAUUCCCUCCGACCUUCUCUGAUCGGUUUAGCAGCUGUUGAAGAAGUGGAAGGAGGGGUGUUGCGAACUUGGUUAAAUAACGGGACAGGAUUCGCACUCGGUUCACCUCCCCUAUCAUCUCCCGACCAAGCAUGUACUUUGGCAAAUCCACACAGUAGUGCUUUUAUAGAUAUCGACGGGGACUGCUUACCUGACCUGGUAUUGCAUUGCUCAGAACCCAAAUCAACCCAUCAUUCUAUCCAGAUAUGGCUGAAUCGCGGAUCAUCAGGAUACGUACUUUCGAGAUCAUACGAUUUACCUAGAGGAAGCGGACCGCUGUCUUUCGCAGAUAUGAACCGAGAUGGUUCGAUAGAUAUCAUUUUCCCGAUAUGUAAACAACAUUCCAAAUCUACAGGUUUAGGAACGGAAUGCAAUAUUAACAUAGCAUAUAACAAGCAAGUUCCCGUCUGUUCGACAGAAGGUUCCCAAAUGACCAAAGAAGGGAAAUUGAAAUGUCGUGGAUGGGGUGAUCUCUGUCUGGCCGAUGAAGAAUUUCAAUUCUCUUUUGAUUCUUCUGACCCUGAUUUCUCAUCGAUACCAUUAUCGACUUUAUUAUCCCAUGAAGAAGAUGGAAAUUCCCCAAGUGGAAUCAUGCUACAUCCACCAAACCAGCCUGAUAUCCCAUUACCACUCCGACCGGGAGAUUAUAAUGUAGAUGGGUUCCCGGAUCUACUCCUGACGGUCCAUACGAGUAUCAAAGGUGGGAACGGUAUACUGGGUAAUAAGGAGGUCAAUCAGGUGAAGAUUCUGGUCAAUACACCGUGUGGGAAGAAUAUACCGGGGUGCUCUGUGAAGGGUACGACAAGGGGUUUUAAAGUUGGAAGCGGGAAAUCUUGGGCUGCGUUAGAUGGGAUAUACGAUGCGGAAGGUGCGAGCUGGAUAGAUAUUGAUGAUGAUGGUUCAUUGGAUAUCCUCGUUCAGCGAUCUGGCGCACAGUCAGGACAGAAAGUAACGUUCAUACAGAACAAUUUCUAUCACGAUGCUUUCUUCCUCAAGGCACAAGUACUGAAUGGAGCAUGCGAAGGAAAAUGCCAGCCUACAGACGGUGGAAAAUCAUAUGGCCCUCUUGGUGUCAGUUACUCAGGUGCAGGCUACAAGUUUACAGUACUCGACACAACGGGUCAUCGGGUUGCACAGCAAGUCGCCCAGCUACCUCAGACGGGGUAUCAUUCGUUAAAUACACCGUAUGCGUAUUUCGGAUUGGGAAGGACAAACAACUAUGUCGAGAAACUCUUCAUUGGUACUUCCCUGCCCACAGGAGAACAUUUCACAUAUUUGGAAUCUCUCAUACCAAAUUCACAGAUUAUUAUCAAUCCACCAUACCCUGUCAGUUCAGAAGGAGAUACCGAUCGAUCCUUGAUAUCAAGGUCAGAGCGUGCCUUGUUCAACGUAUCGAAAAGGCAGCAGACGAGCAUCGCACCAGUAAAGAACCGAUCGAAAGAAUGGAAAUCGUCAUUAUACCUCAAACCGGGUGACUGGGUACCAUGGGUGGGAGUCAGUGUAUUUGGGACUACCGUGUUAUUGGGAUUAGUUGUACUAUAUUUGAACGAGAGGGAGAAAAAGGAAGAUGAGAAUGAGAGGAGAAGGAAAUUACAUUCUAUCAAUUUCCAAGCAUUAUAG